AUGACUACCGGGCCUUUGAAACAAGCGGCCGAGUCCGCUCGAUCGAGAAGCUCUGAGAUCAUAAAGAGCGAUACUGUUGCUGGCAUUUCAAAAUUUAUCCAUACUCCCUACAUGGUGGCAGCUCUCCCAUUCAUCAAUGGCGGUAUUAGUGGCAUGGUGGCCACCACAGUUAUUCAGCCCGUCGACAUGGUCAAAGUCCGCAUCCAGCUUGCUGGCGAAGGCACUGCAUCAGGCCCAAAGCCGAGCCCGAUUGCUGUUGCUCGUCAAAUCGUGGCCAGUGGCAAGUUUUUAGAUUUGUACACUGGUCUAUCCGCUGGACUUUUGCGUCAAGCGGUAUAUACAACAGCUCGUCUAGGCUUCUUCGACACCUUCAUGGGCUCAUUGGGCUCCCGAGCCAAGGCUGAAGGCCGAAGUGUUGGAUUCAAAGAGCGUGCCACUGCCGGUCUCGCUGCUGGCGGUCUCGCUGCCAUGAUUGGAAACCCGGCAGAUCUUGCCCUCAUUCGCAUGCAGAGUGACGGCUUAAAGCCCCUUGCCGAGCGCAAGAACUACAAGUCCGUCAUUGAUGCUCUGUCAUCCAUCGCCAAAAGUGAAGGCGUUGGUGCACUCUGGGCUGGUGCGGCUCCCACUGUCGCCCGAGCCAUGGCCCUCAAUUUCGGUCAGCUUGCCUUCUUCAGCGAAGCCAAGGUUCAGCUGAAGCAAAAGACGGAUCUAUCUCCUCGGAUGCAGACUCUCACCGCGAGUGCCACGGCUGGCUUCUUUGCCUCAUUCUUCAGCUUACCCUUUGACUUUGUCAAGACGCGACUACAGAAGCAGCAAAAGGGACCUGAUGGAAAAUUGCCGUACAAGGGAAUGGCAGACUGCUUUUCCAAGGUAGCUAAGCAAGAAGGUCUGCUGCGAUUCUACCGUGGUUUCGGUACAUACUACGUCCGCAUUGCGCCUCACGCCAUGGUAACUUUGAUUGUUGCCGACUACCUUGGUUGGCUCACAAAGUAA